ACCAGUAAAAAAAGAAGCCCACCUGCCAAGUCAAGUGGAUUCGAGAAGCUGAAGUGAAGGAAACAGAGAGAACAGUGAGUUCACUUUUUUGCAAUGAAACUCGGUGGAAUCAAAUCGGUGGAGAACGCGCACGAUGACUCAGUAUGGGCAGUUACGUGGGCACCAGCAACCGCUACCCGACCACCGCUACUACUCACCGGUUCACUCGACGAAACGGUAAGGGUAUGGAAGUCCGAUGAGCUUAUCUUGGAACGCACCAACACCGGUCACUGCCUCGGCGUGGCUUCCGUAGCCGCUCAUCCACUCGGCUCAAUCGCAGCCUCCUCUUCACUCGAUAGCUUCAUUCGCGUCUUCGAUGUCGAUUCCAAUGCCACUAUCGCAACUCUCGAGGCUCCUCCUUCUGAAGUCUGGCAAAUGCGUUUCGAUCCUAAGGGUUCCAUUCUAGCAGUUGCUGGUGGAGGCAGUGCAUCAGUUAAUCUUUGGGACACUUCCACAUGGGAACUUAUUGCCACCCUAUCAAUUCCUCGUGUUGAAGGACCCAAACCCACCGACAAAAGUGGCAGCAAGAAAUUUGUCCUAUCUGUUGCAUGGAGCCCUGAUGGAAAACGACUUGCUUGUGGCUCAAUGGAUGGCACCAUUUCUGUUUUUGAUGUGCCACGAGCCAAAUUUUUACAUCACCUUGAAGGUCAUUUCAUGCCCGUCCGUUCUCUUGUUUAUUCUCCUUAUGAUCCAAGACUACUGUUUUCAGCUUCAGAUGAUGGUAACGUCCACAUGUAUGAUGCUGAGGGCAAAGCCUUAGUCGGGACCAUGUCAGGACAUGCUAGUUGGGUUUUAUGCGUCGACGUGAGCCCAGAUGGAGCAUCUAUUGCCACAGGUUCAAGUGACAGAACUGUAAGGCUUUGGGAUCUUACGAUGAGGGCGUCUGUGCAAACAAUGAGCAACCACACAGACCAAGUAUGGGGAGUAGCAUUUAGACCACCGGGAGGAAAUGAUCUGCGAACCGGUCGGCUUGCUAGUGUAUCAGAUGAUAAGAGCAUAUCACUGUAUGAUUAUUCCUGAUUUAGAUAUUACAUUAUGUAUCCUUACACUUUUGUUGAGUGAUAUUAACUUUUUAAUGCUUUCUUUACUAAUUGAUUUGAAGGAAAUGUUUCGUUGGACUUGGAUAGGCUGUAUGCGUAUUUGGAUUCUGUUUCCUUGUCAAUGAAUUUUUUCUAGUCGUUGCAUUUAAAAA